UGAAAACAGAGAGGAAAACAUCCCAAGCCUGUCUUUUCUUCCUCUUCCUACAGACACCAUAUUGACAACACCUGAGAGCUCUUGGUAAGGCCACCAUCAUCCUCUGAUAUGUUCCUACUCCAAUCCUUGAACUUAAGCUUAUGAAAAUUGUAUUUAAGCUAGCAUCCAAGUAGAAUGGAACCUUGGAGUCUGGAGGCCGUAUUCAAUGUUGGUCCUACUCUGAGUAGACCCAUUGAGGUUAAUGGGCAUGGCAAAUGUAGGUUCAUUGAUUUCAAUGUGUCUAUGCUUAGUUGAACACAGCCCUAGGUCACCUGCCCAGUUUGAUCUAAUUUAGCCAUGUUCAGGCAUUGUAAAUAUCUAACAGCGAGAUCAGGAUGCUGGACUAGCUGUGCCUUUGAAACCUGAUGUUCUUCUUAUGCUUUUAUGUUACUUCUGUUUAUGGGCUAAUAGCCGUAAAUAAAUAAAUAAAUAAAUAAAUGUUACUUCUGUAUCUGGUGGAAUUUGGAUAAGUCAUGCAGCCUUCUGUGGAUAAAAAAACCCCCUCUGUUUUUCCCCUCUGUAAUGAAAGGGACAUGCUUUGAUAUUAUUGUUUCUGAAUCACAUGUGUACCAUGACAUUCACCAGAGGAGCACAAGGAGGUGCACAAUCUCUCCCCACCCCAAUUUUCCCCAUUCAUCAAUGCUGUGAGGUAGGUUAGGCUGAGAGAAGGUGACUGUCCCUAGGUCACCUAGCACAUUUCAUGACAGAGAGCAGAUAUCAUUUUUGAGAUUCAGAGAUAUGUAACUUGAGAAUGUGCUCCCCAGCCUGCCCCCACCCCAAGCUUGUUAAAUUUGGAACACUUCACCACCUAACAAAUUACAUUACAGGGGCAGUUUCUGUCUGAAGCUACUUAGCAGCAUUUGGCAUCACCAUGAAGUUCCUGCUGGGACUCGCCAUUGGCUUUCUGCUUGUGACUAUAGGUAAGUAGGGAUGGGAGAAUCUGUCGAUUUCAGUUUUUCCCAAGUUCUGAAUGUGUCCAUUUCAGUUUCUUCCAUAUUUAUGCUUGCAUUUUUGCAUGCACUCUUUGGAAACUGCAUCGCAACCUUUGGAGAUGUGCAAAUGUUGAAGGAUAUCUGUUUCAGUUUGUGUAUUGUGAUGAAUGAAGAAGGCUUGCAUUUUAUUUUAUUUUUAUUUAAAGUGAGCUGAAGCAAAUUUCUUUCCCAUCCCUGAAGGUCAGGAACGUUCCCGUUGUCAUGCCAUCUGUGUAACACUGUUAUGGGAACCAGUAUAGCUCCUGUGUGAUGGGGAAGGGAGAAUUUUACAUAAUGCAGGGGUAGAAACCUGAGGUUCUUCAGCCAUGCUGGCUCAGGCUGAUAAGAGGCUGAAGGACCACACACUCCAUCCUAGUGCUAGACCCUUUCCCACCAGCUUCCAACCAAGAGGGAGGUCACUGUAGUAUUGGAGAUGUUGAUGCAAGCCCCACAAUUGAGUCUGGUCCCCUUCAAAGAGGGGGUAGGACCAGUUCAAACAGGAGAUGUUUUAUGCAAGUGGAAGGUCAUGCUUGGUAGGAACUCAGGAGAGGGCCUUCUCGGUGGCUGUUCCUCCUUGUUGCCCUUCCACUGGCAGGUAGCUGGUGAAAUGUGGACUGGAUGAAGAAACUGUUAGGUGGAUUUGUAGCUGGUUGACUGACUGAACCCAAAGAGUGCUCAUUAAAUGGUUCCUCAUCAUCCUGGGGAAAAGUGACAGGUGAGGUGCCACAGGGGUCUGUCUUCAGCCCAUUGUUGUUUAACAUCCUUAUAAACAACUUGGAUGAAGGAAUUGAGGGGAUGCUCAUCAAAUUUGCAGAUGACACCAAACUGGUAGCUAAUGACGCAGAAGAUAGAAUCAGGAUUCAAAAUUUCCUUAGGAGAUUGGAGAACUGGGUCCAAACUAGCAAAAUGAAUUGCAAUAGGGACAAAUGUAAGGUUCUGUAUAUAGACAGGAAGAACUUGCUGCAUAGGUAUAAGAUGGGGGACACCUGGCUUACUUGUACACGUGAAAAGGGUCUAGGAGUCUUGGUGGACCACAAGCUUAACACAAAUCAGCCGUGUGAUACAGCAGCAAAAAAACUAAUGUUAUUCUAGGCUGCAUCAAGUAUAGUAUCCUGAUCAAGGAAAGCAAUAGUCCUGCUCUAUUCUGUCUCUAUUCUGUCAGUCACUGAGGACAGGCUCCUAUGGUCACUCUGGAGAAGGCACAUGGGAAGAAAACUGAAGAGGAGUUGUUCUGUCCACUCCAAAGCUAAGCAUUGGUGCUUCAAUUUCAAGAGAAUGGUGUGCAAGUUCUGUUACAUACAGUGCAACUUCAAUACCACUUAAGUCACUAUUAAAAAAAAGAUACAGGAUCACUCCAAAUCAUCUGUCCAUGGAUGUCAGAGAAAACAGUACACACAGCUGAAAGGGAACACCUGGAGAUCUGCAUUGAUCCUUGUAAUGGGUCCCUAAAAUAAAAAUUGUUGCAUUGUUAUAAGAUUAUUGUAUAAACAUAGAAGGUUGCACAUUCUUAGAAUGGCGUAAAUGUGAGGUUGCACUUCUGAAUUUGCUUCUACCCUCCUGAAUGGUGUGAACUGUUGGCCCUUUUCCAGGUGCUUCUUUGAAGUGUGAAGUUUGUACGGGCAGUGGCAACAGCUGUUCUGGCCCCAUGGAGACCUGUGACAAUGACACCUGCGCCAUCUCUGUAUCUGAAACCACUGUAGGUGAGUGAAACGGACGGCAAAUCUGAGCCUGUGAAUAGCUUAAGCAACACUAUAUUUACUCAGCAGCAGCAGUACCAAAGGUGGCAAGUCAUACGGUUCAAUUCCAAAAGCAAAUAAUCUUUCAUGUGGCAGCUUUUUUUUUUAAUUGUGUGAAGCUUUUAUCCCCCUGGCAAGCAUUAAGAAAGUAGAACAGAUGAAUGUCAGGCUAGAGUGAAUAAUUUCUUUUAUGCAAGUGAAAGAUGGAAAAUAGGAAGUCCUUUUAUUUUUCUCUGUUUUUCCUUUCUCCUUUCCCCUUUCUAUUCUUUUCUUCUUCUUUCCCCCCUUCUUUUUAUCUUAUUUCUUCUGUCUCUCCUUUUGUUUUGCUUUCUGUUGGUAUCCUGUGCUCUGGGCCAUUAUUGGGGUCCAAGGAUUACCGUAUUUUUCGCCCCAUAGGGUGCACCGCCCCAUAGGACACACCUAGUUUUUUGGGGGGGGAAUAAAGAAAAAAAAUUAUUUCCCCCCCAGGCGCGGGGCUGGCGCGGGGGAAGCCCGAGCUUCCCCCGACCCCAGCCCCGAGAACAGCCUGCUAUCCGCAAGCCUAGGGAGCCCGGCGGGAAGUCGUGUUGGUCUCCCCAAGCUUGUGGAGAGCUGUGCAAAGCCCGGAUGCGCUCUUCAGCAAGCCCCAGGCUUAGGAAUGCAGGCAGCUCUGUGCAACCCUUGGGAGACCGGCGCAACUUCGCGCCGGGCUCCCUAGGGUUGUGCAGAGUUGCGCGAAGCCCAGGACUGCAGGCAGCUCUGCGCAGCACUCGGGAGCCCGGCGCGACUUCGCGCUGGUCUCCCGAGGGUUGCGCAGAGCUUCCUGAAGCCUGGAGAGCGAGAGGGGUCGGUGCGCACCAACACAUCUCGCUCUCCAGGCUUCAGCGAAAGCCUGCAUUCGCCCCAUUGGAUGCACACACAUUUCCCCUUCAUUUUUGGAGGGGGAAAAGUGCGUCCUAUAGGGCGAAAAAUACGGUACUCACACAUGAAGGUGGCAGAUGGCUGGAUGGAAGGACCUUGAGUAAGAGGCAAAGAAGGAAGGACUUCCUCACGUGAGAGACUGGGAGAAGAAAGGAAAGCUCCCCAGUUAGAGCUGGAAGGGUCCACCAUUUUCAGUGUGAGAAAAGUACUACCUUUGAGAGAGGACUCUGCAUUUUCUUAUCUCUUUCUUUCUCUGAUGUUGUUUUUUCUUUAGAUUAGUUUCUUUAAUUGCAUUGUAUUAUGAAAAAGCUUUAAUAAAAAUAUUAUAGGGAGAAAAAAGAACAUAAGUAGAGCACUAUCAGAUCAGGCCAAAAGACCAUCUUAUCUAGCACUCUGUUCUCACCAUUGCCAACCAAAUGCCCAUAGAAAGUUUGCAAUCAGAACCUCAAUGCAGUAACACAUUUCUCAUUUCUGAUUCCUGGCAUCUGGCAGCUGGCUCUCAGAGGCAUAGCCACUAUGGCUAGCAGUGAAUGAUAGCCUUAUCCUCAUCUAACAAUGGUUCCUAAUCACGAUAGCUAUAUCCCCUAUUUUUUGGUUCUUAAAUUGUUUUAGCUGUGGUUUUAAGCCCUCUUGAGCUUGGAAAUGAGCCUUGUAAAUGGUUGUAGUGAAUGCAUUAAAUAUAGGAGAAUUUUAUAUCUUCUCUUAAAAUUAGAACUGGAUUUGGGAUUUUCUGGCUAAGGAAACUAGCAGAGGCAAAACCUAACCCUUCAUCCUUCAUUCCACCCCUGCAGGUGGAAUGCAAGCUCAGAUAAUAGCUAAAAGCUGUGAAUCCUCCAACAUCUGCAAAGACAGAACACAACUCCUCAACUUUGGGCAAGGGCAAGAACUAAGGACAGGAAUCACUUGCUGUGUAGGGGAGGCCUGCAAAACUGCAACUCCUCAAGGUAAGGCAUACUUCACCAGGGCUAGCCCAAGAAAUUGUACUUCCUGAGGUGAAGGGUGAGGUGGCCUGGUGAAUAUGCACAAUGUCUGGUCGUUGUACACAUUAAGCACUCAACUUGUGCUACUCUUAACAUAUGAUGGGGAUAAUAAACAGGGAGGUCAGAGGGAAAUGAAUGCAUGAAGUAUAGGUAAAGGUGUUGGCAAUUCAGUUAGAGCUGGAACAUAUACAAAACAAGCAUAAUAAUCCUUCACAAAGGUGAUAAAACUAUCAACUUGGUAGUUUGGGGUUAAUUAACACCAGUACAGGAUAGGAAACAAUUGUCUCCAUUCAGAAUGACGUGAAAUGAAUUGUGCCUCUUGAUGAAGAAGUUUCACAGUGGAGCCUCCCUUUGAAAUUGUUCUACACACACGCCUGUUUCUAACAUUUAGGGGCAUGAAUUCAGGCUCAUGGUAGUGGUCAGCACUUCAGAGACAGAAGGUAAGAGAACAAACCAAGCCAUAUAUAAGACAAUGUGACAGAACAAUAACAAUGUCACUUUAUUUGUACCCUGCCCAUCAGACCGGGUUGCCCCAGCCUCUCUGGGUAGCUUCCAACAUAUAUAAAAACAUAAUAAAACAUUAAUUUUUUUAAAACUUCCCUAUACGGGGCUGCCUUCAGGUGUCUUCUAAAGGUUAUUUAGUUCCUCAUCUCCUUUACAUUUACUGGGAAAGCCCUCUGUCUGGUUCCCUGUAGCUUCCUUUCUUGCCGUAAAGGAUCCGCCAGGAGGUCCUCAGUGUCUGGGCUGAAUGAUGGGGCUGGAGAUGCUCCUUCAGGUAUACAGGGCCAAGGCCAUUUAGGGCUUUAAAGGUCAUCACCAACACUUUGAACUGUGCUCAGAAUCAGAAGGAGAAGAUGUAGAAAUUUCCCCCUUGCACUUGUGAAUAAGGGAGGAAUAGGGAUUUGCAUACUCUCCAGAAAUUGUGUCUUCGCUUUCAAAAUGUGAGGUUUGCUUGUGCUCUGCUCUUGCCCCACACUUUCUUGACGCAGGUCCACACUUUCCUAGUCCAUGUUUGAGCACUUUCUUUCCCCCACCUCUUUCCCCAGGAAAACACAAUCUUUACUGCUGAAUCGGAGCAAACAGCAGUUCAGGUUUUCCACUGACUGUCAUUUGCUCCAGUUCAGUGGUAAGUAUUGUGAUUUCCUGGGGAAAGAGGCAGGGGAAAGAAAAGUCUGGAAAUCUCAGCCCAGAUGCUAUGACAGUGAUGUAGCUCAGCCUGGUGGCUACCUGUGUCUGUUUCCAGAAGUUGUUGAAAGGACCUUACCUGCAAUAGACCUGUAGACUCUAAAUGGGAGGUCUGAGGGUUCUCUGUGGUUUUUUGCCUGGAACCCUCCGGCUCUGAGGAACGGGCAGCUCAAAUGCCUCUGGGCUGGGGAGAUGCUGACAAUAUGGAUUCCUCAUGCACCGGGGCUUCUGGGAAAGUGGUACCAUCAGCAGUUGAUGAGGAUAUUAAUUCCUUCGCCUGUUCUGCCACCUUCUCAGAAUCCAUCAUGCCAUGCCCUUGACAUUUGUGGUGUGGGUGUGUGACCCAGGACUAUUACAACUUCCUAGUAAAAUAGAGGACUGCUAGUUCAAAACUAUGUUCUCCUCUGCAUCAAUGUCCUUGCUUUCUUUGCUCUCCCAACCAACGGGCUUUCACUAAUUGGUUUCAGUGCCUCCACGCAUCAACCAACCCAAUGGGAAGCAGUGCCCAGCCUGCUUUUCUUUGCUUUCCGGGGUUUGCGAUCCCAAUGAGACGGUGGACUGCGUUGGACCACAGAACGACUGUCUUGAAAUGGCUGUGAUGGUUUCUUAUGGUAAUUCCAAUUUCACAUACACAAUGUACCAUUGAAGGAGAGUCAAUGUCCUAUAUCUAUUCUCUUCAGGCAAACUAAAAUGCAGGUUGAAAAGCAACUGACAGAAUCAGUUGCAUGUACAUAAAAAUAUGCAUAAAAUACAUUGGUGGAGUCCACACUACAUGGUGCUACAUAGCCCUCUGAACAGUUUGCCACUGAUUUCUGCCCCUCCAAAACAUUUAUCUGUCCUAUUCAGUGAGCUCAUGCCACAUACACUCUCUGAGACUAAAGAAGCCAUAGAAUCAUAGAACUGUAGAGUUGGAAGGGACCAUGAGGGUCAUCUAGUCCAACCCCACUGGAAUGCAGGAAUCUUUUACCCAACGUGGGGCUCAAACCCACAACCCUGAGGUCAAGAGUCUCAUUCUCUACCCACUGAGAUAUCCUUCCUUACUUAUUAGGUUACUGGACUGCAUUACUCAUUAGGUUAAGUAAAUUACAGAGCAAAGACUCAGUGGAUAUGGACAUCUCUUCUUGUAAUAUAUGUAAAAUACAUGAGAAUUGGAAGGGGGUGUCAGGGGUCCUUCAGCAACUGACUUGGCAUGUUGCUGUUGUUGUUAGAAUUUAUAUACCGCCCUAUACCCGGAGGUCUCAGGACAGUUCACAGAAUACAUUUUUAUAUAGAAUACACUUUGUAAAGAUGUAUUUUCACCAUAAAGAUGCAGAAGACCCACUUGGUUUCAGAAAACGGCUAGAUGGGGAUCACAUAGUCUAAAGCCAGCUACAUUGCUAAGUUUAUAUAGACUUACUUUGGUCUGUUUUUGUUUUUGUUUUUGCACUGUUAUGCUGCAAUGCUGUAAAUACAUCUGGGAAUAAUCCCCACUGAACUCAAUAAGGCUUUCUUCUGAGCAGACAUGUAUAGGAUUGCUGUUAAUAGACUCAUUAAUUAGCCUUUGCUACGCAUCAAUAAGGUAACAGAUUCCAGAGGUGUGGUUGUGCUAGUCUGUUGCAACUGAGGUCAAGUGGCCGUGAAACGUAAGAGAUAGAAAGAGAGCCUGUGAUAAUUAUAUAGGCCAAACCACACCUGCAAAUUCUUAUAGCACAAGGGAUGGAAAAUGUCUUGGGACUUGGGCAGAGAGGGCAGUUGUUCGUGGAACCCAGGACUCAUUGAAUACAUCUUGUCUCCCAUAUCCAGGAACUGUCAUCAUCAAAGUUGUUCAGAAGGGCUGUGCCACUAAGGGGUUUUGUGAUGGCUUAAAACUAGGCGAAACCACCGUAUCUGGCUUUUACUCUCACGUCACAAAAGCUGAAUGCGUGCCAGCCUCACGGCCAGCAUGAUGACUUCAUCAGCUGCCUUCUCAGGAUUUGGGGGCUUCUGCCGCUGAAGAACCUAUUCUGAUCCACCUGUGUGCUGCUGCGUGAGGGGGGACUCUGCUUAAACACCUCUGUAUCACUUACCUGCAACUUCAUCCAAAAAUGAUUUCUACCUCCCAGGGGUAGAAUGAUACCCUCUUUGAGUGAAACAAAUAAAUCAUAACUUGCAUGAAAAAUGUCCCCUUGUUCUGCUAGAGCAGAGAUGGGGAAUCCUGUGGCCCUCCAGGUGUCAAGUGACAAUUGGGCAGGGCCACCCAUCUGUCAAUCACUUGACAACAUUAUGCUUCUUUAUAUAGAGAGAUUUUUUCAAAGGAAAAUAAAAAAAAAUUAUACAACUUUUUCCAUUUAACAUUCAGUUCGUAUUCGACUUCCCCUCUCUCCAUCCAUGGUUUCCCCACAUUUUCUAAUAUCGUGGCAUAUUAUAGUUCUUCUAUACAUUAUGUCCUCCAAAGCAUUCUCAGACAUGUAUUUUACUGCUGUUCUUACACCAAACCUACUUGCGUUUUAGCUUGUUUACAUUUAAGUAAUAAUAAUCUGCAAACAUUUUCCAAUCUUCCUUGAACACAGUAUCAUCUUGAUCUCUAAUUUUACUACUUAGACUUACUAAUUCAGCAUAUUCCACGAGUUUCGACUGUAUUCAGUGGGCACUGCCUCAUCUUGCCAUUUUUGCUCAUAUAUCCUUGUUGCAGGUGUGGCAUAUAAAAAUAAGUUCAUAUGGGGUUUUUUUGUGCAUCUGUCCCAGUUAUCCCUAAAAGAAAAGCCUCUGGGUUUUUCUGGGGUGGUGUCUCGUUGAAUUUUUUUAUUAUUUUUUUAGCUCAUUAUAAAUCAUUCCCCAGAAACCCUUGGCUACUCUACACCUCCCCCACAUAUGGUAAAAUGUGCCUUCUGUUUCUUUACAUUUCCAGCAAAUUUUGAUUUUGAUUUAUACAUCUUUGCCAAUUUGUUUGGUGUUAGGUACCACCUAAAAAUCAUUUUCAUGUAGUUUUCCUUCGAAGCAUAACUCACUGGGAAUUCCAAAUCUGAUUUCCACAGCGUGGGAGCCAGGAAGUCAUGGAAAAGGCUUGUAGCGCCACCUGGUGCCUCGCUGACCUCGGUGACCUGCAUGUCUGUGCCUUGCAGUGUAUUAAGUGCAUAGCCUUAUAUGGUUAUGGGUGGGUUAAAGCUAUGACCGGAUGUAGGUAAUGUGAGACAUUGGCAAACGGCCAUGCGAGAGGAGAGAACAAAGGAUAAUAAAAGUUACGGGAGAGAAGAGAAGUUCGAAAGGAGCUGCUCAUACCAUCCUG